AUGGAUGUAAUGGACAUUUCAAACUUUCGCAGAGGCGCAUCGGCCAAGAUAUCCGCAGCCAACCAAAAGAUCAAACAUCGCCUGACAGAUCCUGGUAGUUGGAAACUCCCCAAGCAACAAAGCAGCAUUGCGCCUCCAGACGUCUGGACCAAUGCAGACCAAGAUCCCGUACCGCCAGAGAAGCAAACAUGGACAGAAGUGACAUUUCUCACGUACUGGUUUAGUGAUCUUGUUACAAUCAGCGGUUGGUCGGCUGCCGGUUCGAUUUUGACGACUGGUCUCUCUGCCACGGAUGCCAUCCUCAUUACACUCAUGGCAGGUAUCUGCAACGCCAUCCCAACCGUCUUAAACGGCGCUAUUGGGGCAGAUCUGCAUGUUCCGUUCCCCAUCGCAGUUCGUGCAAGUUAUGGCUACUGGUUGAGUUAUUUCUGCGUCAUCAGUCGGGCUGUCCUUGCCAUGUUCUGGUUUGGAGUGCAGAGCGUCGGCGGAGGACAAUGUGUCAGCGCUAUGAUCACGGCAAUCUGGCCGAGCUACCAAAACAUUGAAAACACCCUGCCGGCGUCCAUUGGCAUAACCAGUCAAGGGAUGCUGUCGUAUUUCAUUUACUGGCUCAUACAAACCCCGCUCCUUCUCAUCCCUACGCACAAGCUUCAGUAUCUCUUCAAUGCCAAAGCGAUCCUCGUCACCCCCAUGGCUCUUGCUAUGGUUAUUUGGGUCUCUGUAAAGGCCAGGGGACAAUCUUCCAAUUUCUUUUACGCACCUGCGACCGUUUCCGGCUCCACAAGAGCAUGGCUUUGGCUAUCCAACCUGACGUCUGUGACUGGCGGCUACACAACUUUGACUGUCAACAUCCCCGAUUUUUCAAGAUUCAGCAAGAGAAGAGGGGCGAACCUGUGGCAACUACCGGCGAUUCCAUUCUUCAAAGUCAUUGUUGGCAUCUUUGGCAUUAUCGCCGCGGGUGCCUCCAAAGAAAUAUACGGAGAAGCACUCUGGAAUCCCAUUGAUCUUGUCAACAAAUGGCAAGACUCUCCUGGAGGCCGAGCCGCUGCCUUCUUUUGCGGAUUUAUCUGGCUGCUUGCGCAAAUUAGCGUCAACAUCAGCGCCAACGGUAUAUCUUUUGCGAAUGACAUUACGACCAUAGCGCCUAAGUAUUUAAACAUUCGACGUGGAGUCAUCGUUGUCUCCUUUCUAGGUGGCUGGGCGCUAUGUCCCUGGAUUAUCAUGGCGUCAGCUCAAGCCUUUAUGAGUUUCAUGUCCGCCUACGCCAUCUUUAUGGCUCCCAUCGCCGGCAUUCUCACGACAGAUUAUUGGCUAGUCAAGCGCCGAAAGUAUGAUGUUCCGGCACUUUACGAUCCCCAGGGAAUCUAUCGUUUUGGCUGGGGUGGUAACUGGAGGGCUUUGGUCACGACAGUGGUCAUUAUCACGCCUCUGCUUCCCGCCCUCGGUCAUAAAGUUACCCCCGAAAGCGUACCCAUUCCCAUCGGGCUACAACAUUUAUUUGACUUUAACUGGAUCUACGGAUUUUUGACCUCAAUCGUGCUUUAUUACAGUCUCAACAUCAUUUUCCCUCACUCAGAAACGCUUAUUAGCCAAGUGGUUCACGCAGAUCAGUUUUCAAUUGAUGGGAUUGUGCCGGACACUGAGGCUUCCAAGAUGACUUCAAACGGCGAACUUGAAAAGUCUGGAUUCUCCUCGAGUUUAGGCAAGACACUUUAA